AUGAAAUAAUCUGAAAUAAGAUAAAGAAGAGGAUCAUUUGAUUCAUAGCUACUCUCAUCUUUAUUACUUUCUAAUUUCAUAACAGGUGAUUAAAAGAACAAAUUAGAUGAUGAAAUUAUCAAUUAUUAAAUAGAUGAUGAGUUUGAAAUGAUAGAAAAAUGUAUUAUCUUUCAUAAAUUAGAACCAAAAAAUAUACCAAUACCUUUGUUUAAUAAUGAUUAAUUAUACAAAAUAUCUAAAAACUAAUUUUUGGGAGAAAAUUAAAAAUUAUAAUUGGCUGCCACCUUGAUAUAAUAAAGAGGUAUUCCCUAUUUAAAGUAAUUCUUAUAAAUUAUUUAGACGUAAAGCUAUAUGGAUGACAUUUAUUGAAAAAGGUGAUGCUAAAAUAUAUUUCUCUAAAAAACCUCCUUAUUUAGUUGAAGAUUAAAUCUAAAAAGAUGUUCCUAGAACUGGUUAUGAUGAUAAAAUGAAUAACAAAAAAUAUACUAAUCUCUUAUAUCGAAUUCUAUGUGCAUAUGCAAAUUAUAAUCCUUAAAUUGGUUAUACAUAAGGAAUGAAUAUCAUUUGUGGAAAGAUAAUUCUAUUAUUAAGUAUAGAUGGAAAUGAUAAAUAAUUGGAAGAAGAUGGAUUUGAAGUUUUAGAAAAUGAAGAAGAAAUGUUUUGGAUGUUUGUUCAUUUAAUGAAAUCAAUGGAAGAUUUAUUUAUUUAAGAUGUACCUGGUAUUAAAAGAAGAAUAUUAUAAUUAGAAUAAAUGCUUGAAAAUAGAUGUAAUGAAAUAAUUGUACAUUUAUAAUGUAACAAUAUUGUAUUCAUUUAUUUAUUUAUUUUAGGAAAACUUAUGCUAAUGUUUUAGUUAAUAUUAUUUUACUCUGUUAAUGCAAAAAUAAGAAAAAAAAUUUGCAAGAUUAAUAUUAGAAAUGUUCUUAUUAUAUGGAGAAGCAUUUAUUUAAAAUUUUAUUGUUGGAAUAUUAGAAUUUUAUUCAAUUAAAAUAACAAGGAUGAAUGAAUUAGAAAAAUUAAUGCCAUUUUUUAGAGAUACAAUGUUUUCAUCUUAUUAUUAAGAAUUGAAAAAAUUAAAAAAAUAGAAUUUAAUCAUCUAACAUUUUUAAAAGUAUCACUAUUUUGAUGAGAAACCAUAUUUUGGUAAUGUUUAACCCCAACCAAUUAUUUAAAUAAUUGAGAAAUAAGAGAAUAAAUUGAAUCCCAAAAAAAUAUUUAAACUACUACAUAAAAAUUGGUUUGGAAAGAUUCUUGGUUAAUGA